GGCCGCCAUUUUGUUUCUGUGCGGAGGCGGGUUUCGCUCAGCUCCUCGCCUGCCGUAAGUGACGAAGGUGACCCCCCCCCAUCCCGGUCCCUUGUCAGGGGCCGGGGGAGGCCGACGUCGUGGUGGACUCGAGCCGGCUGAGCUCGAAGCUGGUCACUUAUCGCCUCAGCCAGGGCCGGGGGCUGCCCGAGAUGCGACAUUCAAAACGAAGUCAUUGCUCUGAGUGGGAUGAUAGAAAGAGCUGGGAUCAAGGAAAGCACAGUGCUCCCCAUAAACGCAAAAAGAGGUCCCACAGCAGUGUACAAGAAAGCAAACCCUAUAAAUCACAUCAUCUUGAAGUUUCAGACAGAUGAAAUUAUUGCCACAUUAGGGGAAGGGGCAUUUGGAAAAGUAGUGGAAUGCAUUGAUCACAAUAUGAGGGGAAUGCAUGUAGCAGUUAAAAUUGUGAAAAAUGUUAGUAGAUACCGUGAAGCAGCCCGUUCAGAAAUACAGGUAUUGGAGUAUUUAAACACCAUGGAUCCCAGCAGCAUGUUCCGCUGUGUCCAGAUGCUGGAAUGGUUUGACCAUCAUGGUCAUGUUUGCAUUGUGUUUGAGCUGCUGGGACUUAGUACUUAUGACUUUAUUAAAGAAAACAGCUUUUUGCCAUUUCAUAUUGAUGACAUUAGACAGAUGGCAUAUCAGAUUUGCCAGUCUAUAAAUUUUUUACAUCAUAAUAAGUUGACUCAUACAGAUCUGAAGCCUGAAAAUAUUUUGUUUGUGGAGUCUGACUAUGUAGUAAAGUACAACUCUAAAAUGAAGCGGGAUGAACGCACACUAAAAAACACAGACAUCAAAGUUGUAGAUUUUGGAAGCGCAACUUUUGAUAAUGAACAUCACAGUACUUUAGUGUCUACAAGACAUUACAGAGCUCCUGAAGUUAUUUUAGCGCUGGGGUGGUCACAGCCCUGUGAUGUUUGGAGUAUAGGUUGCAUUCUAAUUGAAUAUUACCUUGGUCUCACAGUAUUUCAGACACAUGAUAGUAAAGAACACUUGGCAAUGAUGGAGAGAAUGUUAGGGCCUCUACCAACUCACAUGAUUAAGAAAUCAAGAAAACGCUAUUUUCAGCAUGACCAAUUGGACUGGGAUGAACAUAGUUCUGCAGGUCGAUAUGUUAGGAGACGUUGUAAACCAUUAAAGGAAUUAAUGCAUUGUCAUGACUCAGAUCAUCAGAAUCUAUUUGACCUUGUUCGCAGAAUGUUGGAGUAUGAUCCAGCCAAAAGAAUUACCCUUGAUGAAGCCUUGCAGCAUCCUUUCUUUGACUUAUUAAAGAAUAAAUAAUUCAGAGAUCUUAUGUGUUUCUCCGAGGAGACUACAUAGACUGUGUCAGUCAACAGAGCUAGCAUGAGAUUUUUGUAAACUUUAAUUUAUUUUGUACAGUUAAGUUUAAAUAUUUCCACGUUUUGAAUCCCUGCCAUGUUUAUCUUGUUGAUCAGUUAUGGUCUUAAUCAUGGAUACCAAAAUGUAAAAAUUAAAAGUAAUUUUCAUUU